ACAACCUCUCAUCCAUGUCUUUGUGGCCCCAACAACACAACCUUCAACUGUGUUAACUAUGCACAAGCACAACUUGAAGCACCAAGAGAAACUUGCAAUAGCAGUAGCAGUUUCAAAGUUUUGUGAAUAACAUAACCAUGUCAUUAUCUACCACCACCACUAGUAGUCACUCAUCUCUUUACUCUGCACUCACAUUGCCAAGAACCACCCAAGUCCACUCAACCUUGUUUUCUCCCUCCACCAAGUUCUUUUCUUCCAGAAGCCCUUCAUAUUCGGGUGUUUCCUAUUGCUUCUCAAACACCCUUUUGUCAAGGCCUUUGCUUUUUGCUGUUAAGGCUUCAUCUGAGGUAGGGUCAGAGGCAUCGAAGCAGGAGAGUGAGGGAGAAGAGGAGGAGUAUGAAGAGUAUGAGGUGGAACUGGAGCAGCCCUUUGGACUCAAAUUUGCAAAGGGCAGGGAUGGGGGAACUUACAUUGAUGCCAUUGCACCAGGAGGAUCAGCUGAUAAAGCUGGAGUCUUCACUGUUGGGGAUAAAGUACUUGCCACCAGCGCAGUUUUUGGGACUGAAAUUUGGCCAGCUGCAGAAUAUGGCAGGACAAUGUACACAAUUCGUCAAAGAAUUGGUCCAUUACUCAUGAAAAUGCAAAAGAGAUAUGGGAAGAGUAUUGAUAGUGGUGGUGAGUUAACCGAAAAGGAAAUUAUCAGAGCUGAGAGGAACUCCGGGGUAAUCAGCAACAGAGUGAGAGAAAUUCAAAUGCUAAAUGCUUCAAGGAAACGGGAACAGAAAGAGCGCAGGGAAAAGGAUUUGAGAGAAGGAUUACAACUAUACAAGAAUGGCAAAUAUGAUGAAGCACUGGAGAAAUUUGAGUCUAUUUUGGGAUCAAAGCCAGAACCUGAGGAAGCAUCAGUUGCAAGUUACAAUGUUGCUUGUUGUUAUUCUAAGCUAAACCAGAUUCAAGCUGCACUUUCUUCACUGGAAGAAGCUCUGAAUGCUGGUUUUGAAGACUUCAAGAGAAUAAGAACUGAUCCUGACCUUGCUACCGUAAGGGCGUCAGAGGAAUUUGAUCCUCUGUUGAAAAGAUUUGAUGAAUCUUUUAUCAAUGAGAAUGCCAUCAAUGCCAUUAAAUCUCUUUUUGGAUUUGGUAAGAAAUAACCCAUUGUGUGGACACAAGCAUACAGUUUGGCUGACUAAGGAGUUGGUUGAGCAAUAAUAUGGUAAUUAUUUCCCAUGUAUGUAUAACUUUAUAGUUUAACUACACAGGUCCCUCAUUUUUUGUCCCUUCACUGGGAUCUUGGUUUAUGUGCUAGCAUAUUCAUGCAAAAUUAUGAGAAACUUAUUUAUGAUCAAUAAAAUUGUGCAUUUCGACCUCCUA